CAUGGAGGCCACCGGGGUGUUGCCGUUCGUGCGCGGCAUAGAUCUCAGCGGCAACGACUUCAAGGGGGGGUACUUCCCUGAGAGCGUCAAGGCCAUGAGCAGUCUGCGAUGGCUGAAGCUAAACCGCACCGGCCUCUGCUACCUGCCAGAGGAGUUGGCCGCCCUGCAGAAGCUGGAGCACCUGUCGGUGAGUCACAACAACCUGACCACGCUCCACGGGGAGCUGUCCAGCCUGCCGUCGCUGCGGGCCAUCGUGGCUCGAGCCAACAGCCUGAAGAAUUCCGGAGUCCCCGAUGACAUCUUCAAGCUGGAUGACCUCUCGGUUCUGGACUUGAGCUACAACCAGCUGACGGAGUGCCCUCGCGAGCUGGAGAACGCCAAGAACAUGCUGGUGCUGAAUCUCAGCCACAACAGCAUCGACGCCGUCCCCAGCCAGCUCUUCAUCAGCCUCACCGACCUGCUGUUCCUGGACCUCAGCGAGAACCGCCUGGAGAGCCUGCCCCCCCAGAUGCGCCGCCUUGUGCACCUGCAGACGCUCGUGCUCAACGGGAACCCGCUGCUGCACGCCCAGCUCCGGCAGCUCCCGGCCAUGACGGCCCUGCAGACCUUGCACCUGAGGAACACACAGCGCACCCAGGGCAACCUGCCCACCAGCCUGGAGGGCCUGAGCCACCUCGCAGAUGUGGACCUGUCCUGCAACGACCUGACGCGGGUGCCCGAGUGCCUGUACACCCUCCCCAGCCUGCGGCGCCUGAAUCUCAGCAGCAACCAGAUCGCGGAGCUGUCCUUCUGCAUCGACCAGUGGGUGCACGUGGAGACCUUGAACUUGUCCCGCAACCAGCUGACCUCACUGCCCUCGGCCAUCUGCAAGCUGACCAAGCUCAAGAGGCUGUACCUGAACUCCAACAAGCUGGACUUCGACGGGCUGCCCUCGGGCAUCGGCAAGCUGUCCAGCCUGGAAGAGUUCACGGCUGCCAACAACAGCCUGGAGCUGAUCCCUGAGAGCCUCUGCAGGUGCACAAAGCUGAGGAAGCUGGUCCUGAACAAGAAUCGCCUGGUGACCCUCCCGGAGGCCAUUCACUUCCUGACAGAAAUCGAGGUCCUGGACGUGCGGGACAACCCCAGCCUGGUCAUGCCCCCCAAGCCCGCUGACCACACCGCCGAGUGGUACAACAUUGACUUCUCGCUGCAGAACCAGCUGCGGCUGGCGGGAGCCUCCCCUGCCACGGUGGCCGCGGCGGCGGCUGCAGGGAGUGGGCCCAAGGACCCCCUGGCUCGCAAGAUGCGGCUGCGGAGGCGCAAGGACUCGGCCCAGGAUGACCAGGCCAAGCAGGUGCUGAAGGGCAUGUCAGACGUGGCCCAGGAGAAGAACAAGAAGCAGGAGGAGAGCGUGGACUCCGGAGCACCUGGGGGCAAGGUGCGGCGCUGGGACCAGGGCCUGGAGAAGCCGCGCCUCGACUACUCCGAGUUCUUCACGGAGGACGUGGGCCAGCUGCCUGGCCUGACUAUCUGGCAGAUGGAGAACUUCGUGCCCGUGCUGGUGGGGGAAGCCCUCCACGGCAGGUUCUACGAGGCCGACUGCUACAUUGUGCUCAAGACCUUUCUGGAUGACAGCGGGUCUCUGAACUGGGAGAUCUACUACUGGAUCGGUGGGGAGGCCACACUUGACAAGAAGGCGUGCUCUGCCAUCCACGCUGUCAACCUGCGCAACUACCUGGGCGCCGAGUGCCGCACCGUGCGCGAGGAGAUGGGUGACGAGAGCGACGAGUUCCUGCAGGUAUUUGACAACGACAUCUCCUACAUCGAGGGUGGAACAGCCAGUGGCUUCUACACUGUGGAGGACACGCACUACGUAACCAGGAUGUACCGUGUGUAUGGAAAAAAGAACCUCAAGCUGGAGCCCGUGCCUCUUACGGGGGCCUCCCUGGACCCAAGGUUUGUUUUCCUGCUGGACCAAGGGCUGGACAUCUACGUGUGGCGGGGGGCCCAGGCCACGCUGAGCAGCACCACCAAGGCCAGGCUCUUUGCAGAGAAAAUUAACAAGAACGAACGAAAAGGGAAGGCGGAGAUCUCGCUGCUGGUACAAGGCCAGGAGCCCCCCGAGUUCUGGGAGGUGCUGGGCGGGGAGCCCCCCGAGAUCAAGAAGCACGUGCCCGACGACUUCUGGCCACCCCAGCCCAAGCUGUAUAAGGUGGGCCUGGGCCUGGGCUACCUGGAGCUGCCGCAGAUCAACUACAAGCUUUCUGUGGAACAUAAGAUACGGCCCAGGGUGGAACUGAUGCCUGGGAUGCGGCUGCUGCAGAGCCUGCUGGACACGCGCUGCGUGUACAUCCUGGACUGUUGGUCCGACGUGUUCAUCUGGCUCGGCCGCAAGUCCCCGCGCCUGGUGCGUGCUGCCGCCCUCAAGCUUGGCCAGGAGCUGUGCGGGAUGCUGCACCGGCCGCGCCACGCCGCGGUCAGCCGCAGCCUGGAGGGCACAGAGGCGCAGGUGUUCAAGGCCAAGUUCAAGAACUGGGACGAUGUGUUGACCGUGGACUACACGCGCAACGCAGAGGCUGUGCUGCAGGGCCCGGGGCUCGCGGGGAAGGUGAAGCGUGACGCCGAGAAGAAAGAUCAGAUGAAGGCCGACCUCACCUCGCUUUUCCUGCCGCGGCAGCCGCGCAUGCCUCUGGCGGAGGCGGAGCAGCUGAUGGAGGAGUGGAACGAGGACCUGGACGGCAUGGAGGGCUUCGUGCUCGAGGGCAAGAAGUUCACACGGCUGCCCGAGGAGGAGUUUGGCCACUUCCACACGCAGGACUGCUACGUCUUUCUCUGCAGGUACUGGGUCCCCGUGGAGUACGAGGAAGAGAAGAAAGCGGAGGCUGGGGACGAGGGCGAGGUGGUGGCGGCCGAGGCCGAGGAGCAGCAGCCCGAGGAGGACUUGCAGUGCACGGUGUACUUCUGGCAGGGCCGCGAGGCGUCCAGCAUGGGCUGGCUGACCUUCACCUUCAGCCUGCAGAGGAAGUUUGAGAGCCUCUUCCCCGGCAGACUGCAGGUGGUGCGCAUGACACAGCAGCAGGAGAACCCCAAGUUCCUGUCCCAUUUCAAGAGAAAGUUCAUCAUCCACCGGGGCAAGAGGAAGGCGGCCCAGGGGGCCCUGCAGCCAAGCCUGUACCAGAUCCGCACCAACGGCAGCGCCCUCUGCACCCGGUGCAUCCAGAUCAGCACCGACUCCGGCCUCCUCAACUCCGAGUUCUGCUUCAUCCUCAAGGUUCCCUUUGAGAGCGAGGACAACCAGGGCAUCGUGUACGCGUGGGUGGGCCGGGCGUCGGACCCCGACGAGGCCAAGCUGGCUGAGGACAUCCUGAAUAGCAUGUUUGAGGCCUCCUACAGCAAGCAGGUCAUCAGUGAGGGCGGGGAGCCCGAGAACUUUUUCUGGGUGGGCAUCGGGGCACAGAAGCCCUACGACGACGACGCCGAGUACAUGAAGCACACGCGGCUCUUCCGGUGCUCCAACGAGAAGGGCUACUUCGCAGUGACCGAGAAGUGCUCUGACUUUUGCCAAGACGACUUGGCAGACGAUGACAUCAUGCUCUUGGACAAUGGCCAAGAGGUCUACAUGUGGGUGGGGACGCAGACAAGCCAGGUGGAGAUCAAGCUGAGUCUGAAGGCCUGCCAGGUGUACAUCCAGCACCUGCGCUCCAAGGAGCACGAGCGUCCCCGCCGCCUGCGCCUGGUGCGCAAGGGCAAUGAGCAGCAUGCCUUCACCCGCUGCUUCCACGCCUGGAGCACCUUCCGCCCAGCCCUGGCCUAG